AUGGGACAUCGCGGCCACCGUCGCGCCUGGUGGCCCCCCAGGGCCCCGCGCGCCUGGCACUGCCCGCCGGGAACCCAAAGGUCGACGCAGCCCGCGUUCCACCGUCGCGCUGCGCCUCAGGCCAUGGCCGCUCGUCCUCCGGCGACGCUGCCGCCUGAGAGCCACAUGGCGACGCCCCGGAGGGGGCCCGCGGCGCGGGCCACUCGUCGUCCGACGACCCCACCGCCGGACAGCCACCCCGAGAGCUACAUGGAGACGCCCCGGAGGGGGCCCGCGGCCCGGGCCGCUCGUUGUCCUGCGACCCCACAGCCGGACAGCCACCCCGAGAGCCUCAUGGCGACGCCCCGGAGGGGGCCCGCGGCCCGGGCCGCUCGUUGUCCUGCGACCCCGCCGAUGGACAGCCACCCCGAGAGCCACAUGGCGACGCCCCGGAGGGGGCCCGCGGCGCGGGCCGCUCGUCGUCCUGCGACCCCACUGCCGGACAGCCACCCCGAGAGCCUCAUGGCGACGCCCCGGAGGGGGCCCGCGGCCUGGCCCGCUCGUUGUCCUGCGACCCCACCGACGGACAGCCACCCCGAGAGCCACAUGGCGACGCCCCGGAGGGGGCCCGCGGCCUGGCCCGCUCGUUGUCCUCCGACCCCGCCGCCCGAGAGCCACAUGGAGACGCCCCGGACGGGGCCCGCGGCGCGACCCGCCUCGCAGAGACGCGCUCCCCGCCGCCGAGGCUCCCGCACAGCCGCGGCCUCGGCCACCGCCGCCCCCGGCGUCCUCGUCAUGGCGUGGGAGGCCCCGGCCCAGGCGGCCGCCGCGCCGCCCCAGGCCGUCGUCUGUGCCGGCCCGCUGCAGGGGCCGGAGGGCCCGAUGCCUCCCAGCCCGGGCGCCGUGCAGGCCGCCCUGCCCGGCCUGCAGCUCGCCUUCGCGCUGAGCUCCUUCCACUUGCAGGAGCCGCUGGCCGUGGCCCGCCAGGGCCCCCAACACCCCGAAGCCGCCGACUCGAUGGGCCACGCAGCCUCGCGGCCUCUGAGCUCCACACUCGCCUCGGAGAGGCCGCAGCCCAAGAGAAGGAAGAAGAGCGGCACGCAGCGCCAGUCCGCCUUCCAGCCGGUGCAGGGCAGACACGGAGAGAUCCGCGCCUUCGUGCCCAGGCAGGGGCCGCUCAACCUGCCCCCGCCGGACCUGCCCCCGCCGGACCCGCAGCCGCCGUCCAACUUCAUGUUCUGCCCGGAAUGCUGCCCAGGAUUCUGCACCAGCUACGCCAGGCCAGAGCAAGGCCACCUCCCGGCCACUAACGCUGCUGCAGCCACCACCGCUGCUGCCUCGCUGCAAGCCGCCCCGAUGCAACUCACCCAGCUCCAGGCCGCCCAGCUGCAAGCCACUCAGCUGCAAGCCGCCCAGAUGCAAGUCGCCCAGCUGCAAGCUGCCUCGCUGCAGCUUGCCCAUAUGCAAGCUGCCCCGCUGCAAGUCGCCCAUCUGCAAGUCGCCCAGCUGCGAAUUGCCCCGCUGCAGGCCACCCUGCUGCCCUGUUGGGUGCCUCAGGCUUUCCUGCCCUUGCCAGAGCCUAGGCUCAGGCCUGUGCCACAGGCACCCUGUUUCUCCCAGCCUGUGCAGCCUGCCAGGGCCCCCAGGCCCCCAAGAAUGAGGGUCCUGGCACCUCCGUCCUCUUCUCAGGCCCGGGGCUCCUCACCACCACCACCACCAUAG